AUGUCCGAUACUGGCAGACAAUCCUUCACCGAUAAGGCUAGCUCCGCCAUGAAGCCCGACUCACAGAAGUCGACUACCGAGCAUAUCGGCGACAAGCUCAAGGGCACCGGCGACUCCAUCGCGUCCUCCCUCCAGCCCCAGAGCGAGAAGUCGACUGGCCAAAAGGCUGGAGAUGCCUUCAGCAGCAACUCUAACGAGAACGAGCCUUCCAUGUUGCAGAAGGCGAAGGACGCUGUAGGCCUGGGUGAUAAUAACUGA